AGACGAGUAUGAGUUCUCAUUUCCCAAGUAGUACCCAUAAGGCUCUAGAUCCCUUUGGUAAUACAGAAAAGAGAAAAUAAAAGAGGAAUAGACGUUAGGAAGUUCCCUUUUGGCCAGGCAUGGUGGCUCAUGCCUGUAAUCCCAGCACUCGGGAGGCCAAGACAGGAAGAUCACUUGAGCUUAGGAGUUCAAGACCAGCUGGGCAAUCUAUUGAGACUUUGUCUCUACAAAAAAUUUAAAAAAUCCAGGGAACCACAGCUUAGGUGCAGACAUGGCCAAGUCCAAGAGCCACACAACACACAACCGGUCCCAAAAAUGGCACAGAAAUGGUAUCAAGAAACCCCGAUCACAAAGAUACGAAUCUCUUAAGGGGGUGGACCCCAAGUUCCUGAGGAACAUGCGCUUUGCCAAGAAGCACAACAAGAAGGGUCUAAAGAAGAUACAGGCCAACAAUGCCAAGGCCAUGAGUGCACGUGCCGAGGCCAUCAAGGCUCUCGUAAAGCCCAAGGAGGUUAAGCCCAACAUCCCAAAGCGGGGUGUCAGCCGCAAGCUUGAUCGACUUGCCUACACUGCCCACCCCAAGCUUGGGAAGCGUGCUCGUGCACGCAUUGCCAAGGGGCUCAGGCUCUGCCGGCCAAAAGUCAAGGCCAAGUCCAAGGAUCAAAACAAGGCCCAGGCUGCAGCUCCAGCUUCAGUUCCAGCUCAGGCUCCCAAAGGUGCUCAGGCCCCUACAAAAGCUUCAGAGUAGAUAUCUCUGUCUGCCAAUGUGAGGAAAGAAGGACUGGUGCGACCCCCCGGGGCUGCCAUCUGCAUGGGGCUGGGGUCCUCCUGUGCUAUUUGUACAAAUAAACAUGAGGGAGGAUUUGU